UAUACACGAUUAUUGAUGGAGUGAUUGGAGUUGGAUUUAAGACGAGUAGAUUUGGACUUCAAAAUGGCAGCAUACAGAAGAUUUAGGAAUCGCACGAUGGAGUUGGGGCCGCUGCAAGUCAACACCACCGGCGCCCCACGGGGCCCGGGCGGGGUAUCCUGUGGGGGUCAACGCCCCAGCUCAUCUCUGGGUUUAAUGACCUCGCCCUCUCCCCUAAGCCCCUCCUCCGGCUCCGCCCCCUCCCUGUGUCUCAGCCCUACUAGCACUGGAAGCUCCAGUGGGGGGCAGGCCUCCGGGGUGUACAUUAUCCACCAUGCCCAGCGCCAUAGCAACGACUCGUUCCUUGCCAUGGACAAGAUGAGACAGCAGGGGGCGCUAUGUGAUAUCGUCCUCAAGGUCACCGAUCAUGAGAUCAGAGCACACAGGCUCGUCCUCGCUUCAUGCAGUGCCUACUUUCAUGCAAUGUUUACAAGUGACAUGACAGAAUCACACAGGUCAGAGGUCACGCUACAUGAGAUAGACUCAGAUGCUGUUAAUCAGCUAGUCUCGUUCGCAUACACAGCUGAAAUCAUGAUUGGAGAGAGUAAUGUUCAGGCUCUACUCCCAGCGGCUAGCCUCCUGCAGAUGGAGAGUGUUAGAGAUGCUUGCUGUAAGUUCCUGGUGGGUCAGCUGGAUCCUACAAACUGCUUGGGAAUCAGAAGGUUUGCAGACACACAUGGUUGCUAUGACUUGGAGCAGUCAUCAAGACAGUAUGCUCUCUAUAACUUCUGUCAUGUGGUCAAUACUGAGGAGUUCCUUCAGUUACCUGAAACAGAGGUUGAGCAGAUGGUCUCCAGUGAGCAGUUGAAUGUAACAGCAGAAGAAGAGGUGUUCAGUGCUGUUAUACAAUGGCUUCAAUUCAAUGAAGAAGAAAGAAAAGAUGCAGUCAGUCGGCUUCUAAGAUACGUGCGACUGCCUCUCCUGAACCGAGAUUUCCUCGUCACCCAAGUAGAAGCCCAUCCCAUUGUUCAGCAGUGUAAUGGAUGUAAAGAUCUCUUAAUAGAAGCCAUGAAAUAUCAUCUAUUACCUGAACAAAGAUCAACCCUUCAAUCUCCUAGAACAAGAUUAAGACAGAACUCAUCCCAAGUACCAGUACUAUUCGCAGUAGGUGGAGGCAGUCUGUUUGCGAUACAUAAUGAAUGUGAAUGCUACGAUCAACUACUCAACUCCUGGAGACCUAUGCCCACAAUGAACACCCGUCGAGCAAGACUAGGAGCUGCAGCCAUCGGAAAGAUAAUCUAUGCCAUAGGAGGCUACGAUGGAUCUCAUGAUUUAGCCUCCGUAGAAUGCUUCAACACACAGACCCAUUCAUGGUUUGAGCUUGCUCCGUUAGGAACCAAACGCAGCUCUCUAGGCGUGGCUGUCUUGAACGGUCUCAUCUAUGCCAUAGGAGGGUAUGAUGGUGCGUCUUGCCUGAACAGCGCCGAACGUUAUGAUCCUUUGACGAACUCCUGGACUUCUAUAACACCUAUGUCAGCCAGGAGAAGAUAUGUGAAGGUUGCUGCCCUAGGUGGAUGCCUGUAUGCAGUAGGUGGCUACGAUGGCUCCACACAUCUCUCUAGCAUUGAGAAGUACGACCCACGGACCAACGCCUGGACCUCCAUUCCAAACAUGAUCAACCGCCGGGUCAGUAUGGGCGUGGCAGUCAUAGCCAAUCAGCUCUUUGUCGUCGGUGGUAGUGACGGAGCCAUGUGCCUCAGCAGUGCCGAGAGCUUCAAUCCGGAAAUAAACCUGUGGGAACCGCUUCCCUCUAUGUCCGUCAGAAGGAGUACCCAUGAUGCAAUAGCUCUGGACGGCCAGCUCUACGUCAUAGGAGGUAAUGAUGGAAGCAGCAGUCUGAACAGUGCAGAGCGUUACGACCCUAAGACACAUCGUUGGACUACCAUCUCAGGCAUGUCAACGAGGCGUAGCAGCGUGGGAGUAACGGUCGCUGAUAUAGUCGCCUCCAGAGGGUCGCACAGUAGUGUCGCGGAGCAACAGCUAUAGCCUUGUGACCAGGGGGGUGUUUCACAAAACUUGUCAUCAGUGACAAAGGACAGUUUUUAUUAUAAGCUACCGAAAUCCUUGUUUCUGAUUAGUUAUCAGCAGAUUGGUCACUGAGUUUUGUCGUUUGUCAUUGAAAAAAGGCUUUGUGAAACGGGUCCCGGGAAUAUGAACUUUACAUUCUUAAACACGGCAGUCUAACUAUUACACAUGUCUAGUUUUAUUUAUUUGAAGCAAUGUAUAUUAGAAUCAACAGCUGUAAGUAUGUGUUGCUAUGUGUGCUCUAUUACAACGUGAUAUGUCAUGUGACUUAAGUAUCAGGUAUGUGUCAUGUGACUCUAAAUUUUUGUCACGUGACUCCAGUUUUGUCAUGUGACUUUCUAGAAUCAGUUCCAUGACAUGUGACUUUCUUGUAGCUGUUUGUGGAAGAAGUUUACUUUAAGCCAGAAUAGGAAACUUUGUUGGUUGUGGUAAAGUGACGAUUGAGUGAUAUUGUCAUAUUUCAUUGAAACAAAUCAUUAUGAAAAUGGGAUGAUUUUGUGUAAUUUUGUGUAUGUUUGUGAAAGGUUGUGUGCUUCAGUACACUGCUGGAUGUUUUGCUAUGCAGGUGAUCAAGAACCAGAAAGAAACAGUAUUAAAUCAAGUGUGAAAUGUGAAAGAAACCGAAAGUUACAUAUUUCAACAUGUCUUUUUUUGAGCUAAGAAUAAGGUUUUCUUUUAUUCUUUCUUUGUUACUUUUCUCCCAUUUUGAGGGGGUUCCAUCCACUUCUUUAAUUCCUCCCCCAUCUUCUUUCCCCACCUUCUCCCUUUUGUUUCUUUCAUAUUUAUUAUUUUUCUUUCCUUCUCAUGAUUGUUUGUUCUUUCACUCCCGCACUCCAUCUUUUUAUUUUCACUUUUUGUCUUGUACCUCUCCUGAUUUCUUACAGUUUUCUUUGCUCUGUCCAUAUUUCUGUCCUACACCCUUUAUCAUGUUCUUUAAUUUUUCUUCUUGAGAUAUGUAUGAUAUCAGAAAUACACAUGAGAUGCAGAUUUUCAUAUCGUCAUUUCUGCACCAUGCCUUAAUAAGCACAAUAUACAAUGUUUUUUCAGUGACACAGUUGCAAUUUAUUCUAAACUUGUACUAUUUUCAGUACGCAUUACAUUACUAAGCUGCAAAUAUCUCAUUUAGAACUGCAAAUUGUUGUAAUAACAGCUGUUUCAUGAUAGGUUUUGAAAUAGUCAAGCUCAGAGAGUAGAUACAGUGCAAAUUCAUUUAUCGUGCAAAAAAUGGCAUUAAAGCUAUAGAUGUUAUGCUUUAUUUUUCUAUCUUGUUUAAUUUUGUUGCAACGACGUAAAAUGUGUAGGCUAUGUAAGUAUUUUGAUUUAUGUUAAGUGCAAGAAUUCUGGCUCAA